GACUAAUGGUUAGAAAUUAGUCAUUGGAGAACCAGUGACUACAAGUAGUAAUUACCGUGACAAGUGAUUGACUUCUGGUCACGGUAAUCGAAUUUGUCAUGGUAAAUACCGUAUGAAAAUGUAAAUAUUCCGUCUUUAAAUGUGCUUUUUUCUUGCGCUUGUGCAAAAAUAUUUGCAUUAGACAUGGUUUUUCCCGUGAUUAAGCGGUACAAAUAAUCAUGGGAAACUUUACCAUGACUUUAUAACUAGUCACGGUACUAUAACUAAUCACGGUAUACAACUAGUCACGGAGGUUUAUAUUACGGUAAAUUUCCCGUGACUAAAAUCAUUAAUGACGGGAAACGUGCUUUUAAACAUGGGAUUUCCUGUGUUUAAAGGAUCUUUUUCCUGUAGUAUAUUAAUCCAUACCAUUACAGUGCGGAACGAAUUCCUGGAAUUGGGGUUGGUCGGAGAUUUGCUCGUCUCCCCGGAUCUUAACAAAAACAAUUGAAAUAGAUAUGGAUCCAAUUUAACUAAUAUCAAUACAUGAACAUCAAUACUAAUAAGAUAACAUCAAUACCAGAAAAGCAAUAUCGUUAAAUGAUAAUCAAUAUUCAAUACCGGUAUGAAAAAAUCAUACAACUACAAAUAAAUCAAUACCCAGGUCGAAAUCAAUCACUCUCUUGCAGCGAGAACGGCCACCGGCGGGCAACUUCAAAGUAAAUUGCAACGUCGGUAAUAUGCUGUCCCCGGCGGCCUAUGAUUAUUAUUUUAAUUGGCUCGGCCCACUGUCCUUAUUUAUAAGGGUAAGACUGUUUGCUCUAAAAGUCUCUCAUACGCUGUCGUUUCUUAGCUCCUCCGCCGUCACAUUCUUGCAGCCAAAUCCGUUUCUUCAGUUCACCAGCGACGGCGAAAAGCUCUCAAGUCUAUCUCAAUUCUCCACAGUCCUGCACUCCCUCUCAACGGCUAACGCCACGGACCACUCAACCAUCACCUACUUCGCCGGCGCUAUCUCCUCCAUUCCUGGUUUCGUCUCCGCCAUCACCUUCGUCCUCCAUUUCAGCGCUCUGCUCUCGCUCCCUCUGUCUCGUCCGUUCGUAUCCACCGGCGACCCGCCGCCUCCAUAUUUAGCCUCCCUGCUUCCGCCGUCCCUGGUGAGUUCUGGGCACCGAUGUCUCCUAUUAAUUUGUGGGUUAACUUGGUUGGCUGGAAUGAAUUGAAUGGAUAGCUUGUGAUGUUUGUUUGCCAAAGGGUGUGAUUGCAUGAAUAAAUUUCUCUCUGUGAUUCUUUCAUCAAUUCAGAAAGAGCUGCGUGGCGUAGAUGGUUGAUUUGGUGAAUAGUAAUCAAUGAAUCAAUGCGAAGUGGUUAAACUGUCUCUUAUUGCUCAUGCCGAUACCGUGAGAUAAUAUUGUAUUGAGAAACAAUCAGUUGCUGUCUUGCCGACAGAAAGAUAGUUAAGAGUUGGCUUUUGUCUGGUUGGAAGGAAAUCGAAUGAUGCAUUCAUUUCCUUUUGUUAAUUGGUGUGGUUUUGAAAUUUAGGGUUAUGAAGUUUCAUGUUUGUGUUUUAGCUUUGUAUUCAGGCUGUGACUGAUUGAUUGAGUGGUUGUCUUAUGAUUUUACCCCAGUUUUCGAUUUCAUGUAAAAUCACGAUUUGACUGCAUUGAUUGCAACAUAGAUUUGAGAAUCAUCCCUUCAUUUUUCAUUUCUCACAUAUCUUUUGUAUUUCUAGGUCAAUGUUGCAUACAACUAUUGCCCCGAGAACUUGCAUCUCCUGUCCUAGGACGGCCAUCUUGCCUAGAAGGCAUUUACCCUCAACACGGCUUAGAAUACGUGCUUCGUUGACAGAAAACAAUAAUGGAGUCAAAGUGGAAUACACUCCUUGGCUCAUUGUUGGAUUGGGUAACCCAGGAAAUAAGUACCAUGGCACCAGGCACAAUGUUGGUUUUGAAGUGAUAGAUCAAAUAGCUCAGAAGCAUGGCGUUGUCUUGAACACAAUACAAUCAAAAGCUGUAAUUGGAAUAGGUUGCAUUGGGGAGGUGCCAAUUCUGUUGGCAAAGCCGCAAGCAUACAUGAAUUUUAGUGGGGAAUCGGUUGGGCCUCUUGCUGCAUACUAUCAAGUGCCUCUCCGUCAUAUUUUACUGAUAUAUGAUGAAAUGAGCUUGCCUAAUGGUGUUAUGAGACUUCAGCCAAAAGGGGGCCAUGGCCAUCAUAACGGUGUGAAGAGCGUGAUCGACCAUUUGGAUGGCUGCCGCCAAUUCCCUCGAUUAUGUAUAGGCAUUGGGAAUCCACCAGGGACAAUGGACAUGAAAGCUUUUCUACUGCAGCGAUUCAGCCCAACUGAGCGAGCGCAGAUUGACUUAGCAACAGAACAAGGGGUGGAAGCUGUGACCAACUUGGUGCUUAAUGGAUUCAACCAACAAAUCACCAGAUUCAAUCUGAGCCAGAAAUACAAGUAUCACAAAGUCUAAGAGAACAAGGAGGUGCAAGCUCGGACCACUUUGGGGUCUUUGCCAAGCCAGGGUUGCUAAGGCUCCUAAGAAUGCCGUGGGAUAUGCACUGCUCUCUUUGGUAAAAUGUAAAACAGAUUGGAGAGUGAUUGUUGUAAUUCGUAAAAGCAAAAAGUUCACUGAAAUUGAAGUGUUCUUUAUGUCCUAGCAGAGCAACAUAGCUGAACAUAUUGUAGAUUUUCUGAAACAAAGCUUGGGUCAUAAGUUAGAAGAGUAGCCUUCUAUGUAGUGUUAAUUUUUUGAAUUAACUGCAAGCAGCAAGCGUUAUAAACAAAGAAAGAAUACGAAGUUAAAAGCAGCAAAACAAGAAAACUUCAAUGCCAAGCCACCAAAAUCAGGACCAGCCAAUUUCAGUUUUCCAUAAACCAUGAUGAUGCUAUUACUAACAACCCAAAAAGGAAAAGAAUCUGAAAGGUAACAAUCGUCCGGCAUCAUAUACAACAAAAGAUUUAUCCCUACCCCCGACCCGAUAAAUAGAACAAAAAACCAAACUUGGCUAUAGCACAACAAAAAGAGAAGAUGAAACUUCCUAGUAAUACACAUAUCUUUUUCGUGCAAAACUACAUUCAUCGAUUAAUCGGUCGCAGAUUAAGAUACAACUUGGAAAUAGGGGGAAACAACAAUGGGACUGACUGAAGUACAAACUAUCACUAGCAAGAAACCAAAGCACGUUCCCAAGUAUGCGGAGAGGUCACUUGAAGCUCGAGGGGAGGAGGCUGGACGGGCCAAAGGAAACAAAUAUCGUUCCCAAUAGGUUGCUGCUGACUUGUGGCAGACUAUGUUGGUAUAGUCAGGUUAGGCUGAUAUGGGUUCGUAAGGGAAUGAUAGCCAUGGGUGCUUCAGAGCCUCUAAUGCAGAAGGACGCUUCCUUGGGUUUACUUCAAGUAAAUGCCCAACAAAAUCAAUGAAACCUUGGUCUCCCAUUGGUAAUCGGUGCCUCAACGAUGUUUUCUUUGAUACCAGGUACUCUAGUCGGUUUGUUUCCUGAAGAAGAGGAAUUCAGGAUAUAGCACACCCACCAUAUUCGGAUUCACUAAAAAAAACCUUUCACUAUAUUAUCCCUCUGAAUGGGGCUCAACAUGCAUGCAUUCUGGUUUUGCAGGCAUUGAAAAUCACCCAGUGACAACGGACACGAAAGCUUUUCUACUAUAGAGAUUCAGCCUGACGGAGCAAUGCACAAGUUCUACCAUAAAGCAUCUUGUAUGAAACAACCUUAUAAGAAGCAUCUCACCUCAACUCAUCCAGUCAUUGGACGAGCAAUUACCAUACCAUUUACAAAAUUAGGAACUCUUUUUAACUUUAUGUGGAAAGAUUUAAAGUUUGCACCAGGUUCUUAAGGGUGUUUAACCUACGUACUGAAUUUCGGCAGCUCCUGAAAACUACCUAUUGGUUACCCUUUGUUCUACAUGGACGUUGGCUAGAAGAGAAAGGAAAGAACAUAUACCUGAUUCCGUUCAUAAAGCAUGUGAUUUUUGGUGAAGUACUUGUAUGUAUCUCGCCCUUUAGCUAACAUCUCUUGAUCGAUGGGACCAAUAAUUCCAAUAACUCUGGCCAGUAGAGUUGCCGGUGAGUCAUUUUGGAAGAGAACCUGAAACAGAAAAUCUUAUUUUGGACAUGACCCAGGUGACAAUGUAAAAUAUUUGCAGAAUGCAAAGGCAUGAUGAUAUAUAGCUGAACCCUAAAACAUAAAGUAUUAUAUGUCGGUCAGUCUACAAAGUGCCUAUAUUCCUUGUCCUAGCAGAAAAUAUAUCGUUCUUGAACUACAUCCUCAGAAAAAUAACUACUAUAUUUGGCAAUCAUGCAAAACCAAGGACAAUAGGUCACAAGCAGCAGGCAACAAACGAUCCGACAAAUAUUUUGUUUGACAAGUCCAUGUCAAACUUCAACAGCAGAAACUACUUCCCAUCACUAUUACAAGACCAAUCACUACAGAAAGUAAUUCUACAAACAGCUCAUGCAAAUUUUCAUACUGAUAUUUGCUGUCAAUGUUCUAAAAGUGCAGUGGCAAUCGGCAGAUACCUCUUUGUCACCUCUCUCAUUUUAGACCUUUGGGCACGAAUCAGAAAAAAGAAAAGAAACAUAGGCUUCCAAGUAGGAUUGGCAAUAACAAAACAUGAAUAAAAAUGCAGUGGCAAUUGGCAAAUACCCUCUUUGUCACCUCUCUCAUUUUAGAUCAUUGGACACCGAUCAGAAAAAAAUAAAAGAAACAUAAGCUUCUAUG